AUGGCCACCGUCGGGCAGGACAUCUUCAAGCCCACCAAGUUCGGCGGCAAAUACACCGUUACCUUGAUUCCUGGUGACGGUAUCGGUGCUGAGGUCUCCGAGUCGGUCAAGGAGAUCUUCAAGGCAGACAACGUUCCCAUUGAGUGGGAGCAGGUCGACGUCUCCGGUGUCGAGACGGGCAACAUCCACUCCGAGGAACUUCUGCGCGAGUCUAUCGCUUCGCUCAAGCGCAACAAGCUCGGUCUCAAGGGUAUCCUCCACACGCCCGUCGAGCGAUCCGGUCACCGCUCCUUCAAUGUCGCUCUCCGCCAGGAACUCGACAUCUACGCUUCCAUCGUCCUCCUCAAGAACAUCCCCGGCUACGAGACGCGCCACAAGAACAUCGACUUCUGCAUCAUCCGUGAGAACACCGAGGGCGAGUACUCUGGUCUCGAGCACCAGUCGGUCAACGGCGUCGUCGAGUCGCUCAAGAUCAUCACCCGCGAGAAGUCUGAGCGCAUCGCCAAGUUUGCUUUUGCCUUUGCGCUGGCCAACAACCGCAAGAAGGUCACCUGCAUCCACAAGGCCAACAUCAUGAAGCUUGCUGACGGUCUGUUCCGUAACACCGUCAAGAAGGUCGGCGAGGACUACCCCACACUCGAGACCAACGACAUGAUUGUCGACAACGCCUCCAUGCAGUGUGUCUCCAGGCCACAGCAAUUCGACGUCAUGGUCAUGCCUAACUUGUACGGAGGUAUUCUCUCCAACAUCGGAGCUGGCCUGGUCGGUGGUCCCGGUAUCGUCCCCGGAUGCAACAUGGGCCGCAACGUCGCUCUCUUCGAGCCUGGAUGCCGUCACGUCGGUCUCGACAUCAAGGGCAAGGACCAGGCUAACCCCACUGCGCUGAUCCUGUCUGCUGCCAUGAUGCUGCGCCACAUCGGUCUUGACGACCACGCCAACCGCAUCUCGCAGUCUGUCUACAAGGUCAUUGCUGACGGCACCGCACGAACACGCGACAUGGGCGGCAACUCCACCACGCACGAGUUCACCCGCGCCAUCCUCAACCAGAUGGAGAAGGCAUAGAGAAUCUCACGUCUUGGCUUGAUCAAACUGUUUUCCUUUUGCCACGUCUCUUUGACAUGCCUUUUUUCCUUGACGAUUGAAUCAAUGUAACAAGUAUAUCAGCCGGGUUGAAACGUGUGCAUAGAGCUGUACUUGUAAGGUGGUAUAUAGCAUGACAGUCAUGAUAUUCAAUUGACAUUCUUAUACCCUCUG